AUGAGGGUGGACCUUUCCGAACCAUCCGAUACCCAGGCCCUGGCUCGCCUGGGCAAGAAGCAAGUCCUGAAACGGCGGUUUGGCUUCAUUUCUAUAGUUGGAUUUGCAAUGGCUGAGCUGAUUACCUGGGAAACCGUUCUUACCUUGUUUUCUCAGGCCUUUGAGAAUGGUGGCCCCGCUGGUGCGAUCUACGGGUACAUUAUUGCCUGUCUCUCGACUCUAUCCGUGUAUACGGUCAUCGCCGAGCUGGCGUCCAUGGCGCCCAUUGCCGGCGGGCAGUAUUAUUGGGUCUACAUGCUGGCACCCCUACGAUGGAAGAAGGUCUCGAGCUAUCUUAUUGGAUGGCUCACCUCACUGGCAUGGAUUGCGACAAUUGCAACCGAGACUAUCUUCCUCGGGUCAAUGAUCGAAGGCCUGGUCAUAAUAAACCAUCCGCUCUUUGCACAGGAGCGAUGGCAAAAUACGCUGCUAGCGUGGGCGGCAGUGGUUGUUGCGAUCUUCAUCAAUGUCGUGGUGCCAAAUUAUCUGCCGAAAUUCGAGAUCGCCAUGCUGGUUAUCCAUCUCGCAGGCUUUGUCGCAAUCACCGCGACAUUACUCGCACUGUCGCCGAAGGGGUCAGCAGCAUCGGUGUUCCAAACCGCACUGAAUGAAGGUGGAUGGCCGACGCAAGGCAUUUCGUACUGCGUGGGCUUCAUCGGAAACAUAGCCACGUUCGUGGGCGCCGACGCCAGUGUCCACAUGGCGGAGGAAAUCGAAAAUGCGGCCCUUAACAUCCCACGCGCCAUCAUCACGGGCAUGUCGAUCAACAGCGCACUCGGGUUCUCGAUGAUGCUCACAGUGCUUUUCUGUCUGGGAGACCCCAAGACGGUCCUCAAGUCGGCCACCGACUUCCCCUUCAUCCAGAUCUUCUAUAACAGCACGGCGUCACAUGCCGGCACAUCCGUGAUGACAGCCGUCAUCAUCGUGCUGACGAUGGCCUGCUCGGUCGGGAUCAUCGCGACGGCAUCCCGUAUGACGUGGUCGUUCGCGCGCGACCACGGCGUGCCCUUCUCGCGCUUCCUCAUGAAAGUCAAUAGCCGCACCCGCGUGCCCAUCGUAUCUGUCUGCGUAGUCUGCAGCUUUGCCUGUGCCCUGACGCUCAUCUACAUCGGCUCGAAGACGGCCUUCAACGACGUCAUUUCUCUGACGGUCACCGGGUUUUACAGCUCUUAUUUUCUCCCAAGCGCCUUUCUCCUCUACCACCGCAUCAGGGGCCAUAUUCUGCCCCAUGAGACGUGCAGCUCCCACUAUCCCCCCGCCGCCACCGCCGAUGAAGAAAUACCAUCUGCCCAUAUGCCACAAAAAACCCCUGCUGAGAAGGUCUCCGGCCCCGUCCCAGUCCAGGCUUCCCAAAGCGACAGAGAUCCACAGAGUACUUCGCGCCCGCCGGAGCUUGAUGUUGCGCAGGCACCACUGAUAUGGGGCCCCUGGCGUGUCCCUGGUAUCCUGGGUACGAUAAAUAACAUGUAUGCCUGUGUGUAUAUGCUCUUUGUCAUUUUCUGGAGCGUCUGGCCACCAGCAACGCCUGUUGACUACACGACAAUGAACUAUAGUAUUGUCGUCACUGGCGGGGUUCUGAUCCUGAGUGCUGUAUGGUACUUUGUGCGCGCAAGGAAGGAAUACUCAGGACCUUUGAUUGACAAGGAGGUUGCUGAGAUCAUGCACCUUGGCUCGGAGGUGGUGGCAGGGGUUUAG